GGAGUUUGAAAGAAGAUCGGGACUCUUUCAGCGGAUGACAGCAUCGGCAGCAAACUUUCUGCGAUUCUUCCACCAAAAAUGCGCAGCAUUCGCAGUAAUUGUGGCUGCUUUGAGAAUCGACGCACGUAGGAGGGGUUGAUGGAUGCCAAAAUUUAGCACACACUGCGCAUUAUUUAUACACCAUUAUACCCCAAAGAAAUGGCCAACGACCUUCACUCACUCCACAGAAAUAGAUCCACGGGAGCAAUGGGAUCCGCUGGAAGAUUAUAAAGACACCUCGUACUCACAAUUCGUGAAGCAUUUGCAAAAACUGCAAUGAGAUGCGAGAUGAAGAGGUCUACCUCUUAUCGAUGCCAUGUCAAUCACUUGAUGAUGACAGCGGGAUCGAACGGGGCAAUACCAUAGCCCCGACUGGGAAUCUACCCAUUCUCGAACAGUAUUCCCUUGGGGAAAACACAUCGAGACGAGAACGCUGCCAGUGCAAUAAAUAGUAGGCGCGAGUGUUCAUCGGCGUUCAGUCUCAUUCUAAGCCUCAGCCCGAUCGUGCCGGUACAGCUUAAAACCCGUAGCCCCAGCGAAAUACUCUGAAAAUGUUCACAUCGAUCAGAUCUCACCAGCAUCGCGCCGUCGGCCUGAUCUUGCGGGCCCUCGCUGCUGGCAGUCUGUUAGUCCUGAUGAGUGUCAUCCACCAGGAGAACGACGACUCCGGCUCCCACUACAUCCACCCGCGGCACGCCAUGCAAUAGCCCCGACUAGGCCCGUCGCCGUAUGGCCCAGACUACUUAAUUUUACUUGUAAUAAGCUUAGGUUAAGUGCACUUAAAGCGUAAUCUACAGUUCACAGUUUGUUUCCGGAUAGCCGCGCUGAUCGUGAUUGCGCUCACCUACUGCUUCGGAUAGUAAAAGCUGUAGAGAUUAACCGGUUGCGGCCAGUGCGACAUUACUAAUGGCUCACACAGUGAAUUUCCCUGAUUCACACACCACCUAUUUAUAGACACAAAAGUCGUUCAAUUAAUGUAUAUAAUUUAUGGAGGAUGCCGCACUUUUCCGUGUACCAACUAAGUCUCUCCAGUCUGAAUGUGUUUAUUUAUUUAGUUUGUGUCUAAGUAGACACACUUGAAAUUCUGACCUCAUAUUAUCGUAUAUUGAAUUAAUUUAAUCUGUACAGCACUUAAUAAAGUUAAACAGCUAUACAAA